AUGACCAAUUUCGCAUUACUUGAAACCAUCCUCUAUACCCCCACACAAGGAUUCUACCUCCUUGAUUUACACAUUCGUCGUCUUUUGCGUUCAGCUGCUGAAUUCCACCGUCGCAACCCAUCGCUCUUCACCACGAUUCCUUCGCCUGAUGCCAUUCGAGAGUUUUUGCAAGAGAAUGUUCCCAAUGACGAUACGUUCAAGCGUGUACGUCUGCUAUUAGACGAGAAGCUCCAUGUCGAAUACACUGUACUUGAUCCAUCCGCUGCACGAGCGCCCGAUACAUUGGUGGAUGUUAUUGCUCAAGAGCCAACCUUGAAGGUGGUGCUCGAUUCACAACCAUUGGCCUGUUCAACCACAGAUCCUUUCCUCAGGAACAAGACAACGCAACGAGAUGCAUACAAUGAAGCCCGUCAGCGUGCUGGAUGUGGUACCGAGAAGGGUCCUUUUGAUGUCAUUUUGUGGAACAAGGAUCGUCAGGUGACCGAAUCAAGUAUUGCCAAUAUAGCCAUCCAAUCAUUGGGAGAAAAUGGUCAACACGUAUGGAGAACACCAUCGGUCGAGUGUGGGCUAUUGCCAGGCGUCUUUCGAGAAGCACUCUUAGCAAGUGGGGAAGUGGUUGAGGAUAUCAUUACAGUGGAUGAGCUUAUGCAGGCACAAAAGGACGGCCAACCCAUCGUGUGCUUUAAUUCGGUUCGCAAACUUUAUCGCGUACAAGUGAUGGAUGCCAGCGAAUAG